GUUUGCAAAUUUCAUUUACUUUUUUCUUCUUUAAACGUGGGAAAUGUUGAUUUUUUGCACAGUUGGCAACAUUACCCUCUCCUCCCCUACUUGUCUUUGACAGAUUGACAUUUUUGACAUGUGUUUGACAUCAAGCGCAAACAAAACGUGAAAUUGGCAUGGUUGGACGUAUUACGGUAAAUAAUGUCCGACUCACUACCCAUCCCCGACUUUGAAACGACCCCCAGCGAUUGUAACAGCCCCCAAAUUCAAGAACUGAACAACUUGCGGCACCUCCUCAAAUUACAACGCGACAGGUACACCCACCUCCAAAUACUAUACCAAGCUGUGCCCGAUUUUAUAUCCACUGCUGGUGCCUUGAACCCUGAUCUUGCAACCAAAGUGGAAAAUAUUUUACAUGAGCAAAGUUGCCAGCAAGUUGAGGUGUUAGACAAUGAAAACACACAGUUACUAGGAUUACAAUCUUCAGGACACAGUGAGUUAAGCUUUAACGAAGGUCUCACUCUCAGAAAAGCAAUAGGGCUCAUUUUGGAGCACAAAUACAAGAAAGUUUGUGACGAGUUUUUGAAAGCAACUUCGCAGAAUGUGAACUCAGUGGAUGGACGUGACGGUUGCGAUUUCAGUGUCAGGCCUGAAGAUAACACGUUGGUGGUGUUGAAGAAAAAACUGGAGGAGCAACAGCAAAAGUAUUUAGAAAAUGUAUUAACUGAAGAGAAGGUUUUGGAAGAUAUUGCUAAACUGCGACUGGAAAAAUUACCAAAAGUGUGUGAUGAAAAAAUAAAAGAAUGUCAAAUGGGGGCCCAAGUGGGCGAACUAAAAACGAAACUUGCGCGCGAGACUUCCAGAAUUGACGUAUUUAUGGAGAGAAGCAACUCGUUGAAAGCCUACAAGGAGCUGCUAAAGGAUAUAAAGGAGCAACAACUUGAAUGUGAGAGCGAGAUUAAACACUUGCAAGAGAUGAGGGAGAAGUACAAACAAGUGGCCUGCAAGCAGUUUGAUCAGAUCUUGAAGUCCUACGUGGAAUACAAAGCCUCGCUUUCAAGAAAGGAAAUGAUGUAUAAAGCUUAUUGUAAAUAACUAUUUUUAUAUUAUAUUUCUAACACUUU